UCCGCGAAUGCUGCAGAGCAGCGGACUGCCUUGGGCGAGCCGACAGGAAGCGCUGCCGAUAGCAUUGUUGCCGCAGCAACCACCAGCACCACAACAACUGCCCCAGGCCGCGUGCCAAAGUUGCCGCGAGAUCAACCCGAUGACCCACCUCAGCGUCACACCCGCAGCGACCCGGAACCACAUCAGAAGCGUAAGGCUGACCCCCGACCGGCAACCCACGAAGAGCACGCUCCCAAACCAUCGGCAGUUCGAAAGUCAGCUCUCACAUUCAGGGCUGGCGCGAAGGAUCGUGAGUGGCUUCGCAAGGAUGUGGAGAAGGCUGCCGCGCGCAGUGGCCACGCCAAAAGCACCAGGCCCAAACCGCAGACGGCUGCAGAGAGACGGCAGCGUGAGCUAGAGUGGAUCCGGCGCGAUGUCGAACUCCAUGCUCCGCGGGCGAAGCUCAAGAAGGCUUCAGCACGGCCAGCAACCACGCCAGCGCUGCAGAAGGAAGCUGCGAUACAGAAGGAAACAACUCCUGCACAAGCUCCACAGCCGCUGCUCAAAGGCAGUCCUCCCAGGGAUCCCCUGGAGCUUCAGCGCCGGGAGAAGCUCUGGAUUGAGCAGGAGGGCGACAAGCUGCGCGCAGCUCGCGCCUCGAAGGCAGCAGCGGCCCGCGAGCAGACGCGGGAGCUGCGUGAAGUGAAGGCCCCAGGGACACAAAGCAGCCGCUCUGGGAGCUCGCCUGCCUCGCGGCCACGCGACGAGGGUGCAUGGAUACAGAAGGACCUGGCACUCCACGAGCCGCUGAGGCGUCAGCGCUGCCAGCACCUCCAGAGCCAGGAUGCGGCUGCUGUGCAGGAGGCUCACGGAGACUUUCUGCGGACGGCAUGCUUGUCGCUGUUUAAUAUCAACAUCGACGAGCUGCCCAAAGACGUUCCAGGAAGCUCCACAACAUCCACCAGCCUGCCACCCGCAUCGGUGCGGUCUUCGCAGCCUGCACGGUCCAUGCCUGCGCAUGUUUCGUCCGAGUCGAACGUCACAGAGAUCUCUGCCAAAGUGAAGCAGCAGCUCUCCGGCGUAAUCCCAGAAGACGUGGUGGACAAA